AUGGCUCAAGUACCCCCAGGAGGUCGUAUUGAUCAUGGCCACCACGCCAAUUCCGCCAAGAAGGCCUUGCAAGACGUUUUGGCGUUUGAAGAGGCCGUCGCAGAGUCGAACCGUUUGGUCAGCAUAUCGGACACGUUGACGAUCGUCGCGGCUGACCACUCGCACGUCUUCACCAUCGGCGGCUACCCAAACAGAGGGAACAAUAUUUUGGGCCUGGUCGACCCCGACUACCCCAAUGGUCCUAACGAUGGAAUGCACCGCACCACUCUCGUGUACGGCAAAGGCCCAACCGGUCAAAACCGAGUCAAUCUGACCAGCGUGGACACCACGGCAGACAGUUACACUCAAGAGGCGACGGUCAAAAUGCCCUAUGAGACGAUCUAUGCGCGCGGACCCAUGGCGCAUCUGUUUCACGGCGUGCACGAGCAGCACUAUAUCGCCCACGUGAUGAGCUUCUCGGCCUGUAUGGGGCUUUACAAGGGCGACUGCGAUCGCGUGACAAGCACAACAACCACUCUACAGUUUAAUACCCCAGUUGUGUUUUUGUUGUCCUUGUUUUUUUGGUCACUUCUAUGAUCCCUUGAAACAUAUACCCUAAAUAUCAAUUUCUGUAAAGCUCGAAUUCCACCGAAAGUGGUUCUAGGUCUUUGGGCCACCCGUAUU